UACUUCCGUCGAAUUUGAGCCCCGUCCCAAAUACCUUCCUCCUGUAUAUGCGGUCACUACAUAGGGUGCGAGACGCCCUUAUUCUACCUACUAUGUAGUGCACUUUUUAAGGGAGGAGGAAACAAUUUGGCAUGUGAACUCUGAGACGCAAAACCAGACAUCACAACGAAUACACACUGGCCUUAUUGGAGUUUAUUGCGAUAAAAAAAAAAGUUUAUUCCGAGAUUGAGUAGAUUUUAAACUUAAUCUUUAGGGGGAAAAAUCGGUUAAACGGAGGCGCCCCUUUCCCCUCUCCCCUAAAAUGGCGCCAACGAUUCAAACUCAAGCGCAGCGCGAGGACGGGCAUCGGAGCUCGUCACACAGAACCGUCCCUGAAAGGUCUGGUGUCGUGUGCCGGGUGAAAUACUGUAACAGCCUCCCUGAUAUCCCGUUCGACCCCAAGUUCAUCACGUAUCCCUUUGACCAACACAGGUUUGUGCAGUAUAAAGCCACCUCGCUGGAAAAACAACACAAACAUGACCUGCUGACAGAACCGGACCUGGGCGUGACCAUCGACCUCAUCAACCCUGAUACCUACCGCAUCGACCCUAACAUCCUGCUAGAUCCUGCGGAUGAGAAGCUUUUAGAAGAGGAGAUCCAGGCGCCCACUAGCUCCAAAAGGUCCCAGCAGCAUGCUAAGGUGGUCCCAUGGAUGAGGAAGACGGAGUACAUCUCCACAGAGUUCAACCGAUAUGGUGUGUCCAACGACAAAGUGGAGGUCAAGAUUGGCGUGUCAGUGAAGCAGCAGUUCACAGAAGAGGAGAUCUACAAGGACCGAGACAGUCAGAUCGCCGCCAUCGAAAAGACCUUCGAGGACGCCCAGAAAAACAUUACGCAGCAUUACAGCAAACCAAGAGUUACACCUGUGGAGGUGUUGCCCGUCUUCCCUGACUUUAAGAUGUGGAUAAACCCAUGUGCGCAGGUCAUCUUCGACUCCGACCCCGCCCCUAAAGAGUUCUCCAGCUCUGCGGCUGUAGAAAUGAUGUCACAGGCUAUGAUCAGAGGAAUGAUGGACGAGGAAGGGAACCAGUUUGUGGCGUACUUCCUACCCAAUGAGGAUACGCUGCGCAAGCGUAAAAGAGACGUGGAUGAGGAAUUGGACUACAUGCCUGAGGAGCUAUACGACUAUAAGAUAGCGAGAGAGUACAACUGGAACGUGAAGAACAAAGCCAGCAAAGGCUACGAGGAGAACUACUUCUUCAUCUUCCGAGACGGAGACGGCGUCUACUACAACGAGCUCGAGACCAGGGUGCGUUUGAGUAAGAGGCGCGCGAAGGCCGGAGCUCAGUCCACCACCAACGCUGUUCUGGUCUGCAAACACAGAGAUAUGAACGAGAAAGAGCUGGAAGCACAGGAGGCUCGCAGAGCUCAGCUGGAGAACCACGAGCCAGAGGAUGAGGAGGAAGACAUGGACAAAGACACUCAGGAUUCUGGCGACGAGAAGGAGAAAGGCAGCGAGAGCGAGAACUCGGACAGCGGCUCCGACCGGGACGGCAACAACGAGGAAGAGGAGGAUGAAGACGAGGAGGAAGAAGAGGAGGAGGAGGAAGAGAAGAAGGCGAGCGGCAGCGAGAGCGGGGAGGACCGGCAGGCGCGUGAUGAGGAGGAGAUCUUUGGCAGCGACGAUGACAGUGAGGAAGAGGACGACGACGGCGGCAGAGGAGGAGCGCACAGGAGGAGAAGGAGCGAGGACGAGGACGCGGAGGAAGAGGGAGGAAGGGCGAGCGGCAGCGCCUCACCCGCCCACAGCAGCAGCGGCCAAUCAGAGGGAGGGGGAGGGCAGAGCGGCAGCGAGAGGGGGUCAGACUCCAGCGACGGCAGUGACAGCGAAUGAGACGAAUGCUCCACCGCUCAUACUCUACUGUUUAUACUCUGUCUCGCGCUCUAACCGCUCAAUCCGCUUUGAUUCAGCAUUUCCACUCGAUGCCCUUCUCAACCCCAAGGCUCGACGCUUUUCUGUCACAGCUGGAGCAGAUGUUGAUGCUAAAAACAGCUCUUACACUUUAUAUGUCCUAACAAAUAUAAAUAUACACAUCUGUUCAUUGCUCCUCUUCCUCGUCAAACCUGUUUCACUAUAGUAUCACGAUGAGGUUUCUUUUUUUUUAUUUCUAUGUCUUUAUUAUGAUCCAAAAUCCAUGUUGAAAUUUAUGUACCUUUUUUUUUUUUUUUUUUUUUUUUGGUUUGUUUUAAUAGCUGUAGAAAGUAAAGUUUACUGUAUAAACUGCUGUAAAUAAAGAACAACCAGUUCAUUUGUUUAAAAAAAAAACAAAACGAAAGUGAUGAACUUUUAUAUAUUUCUUAUCAAAGUUAAUAUACACUAUACAGCCAAA